CCUGUCAGGCUGAUAGCAGAGAGGCUUCUGUCAAUUCUGCGAUUAUGCCCUUUCACAUUCCUCGUCAUCAACAUACCGUCUCCGACUCCUCUCCCACCUACGACAACUUCUACAGCGCCGCAAAUGCCAUUUAUUCCGCUGGUCAGACACUGAGCUCAGUUGGCGCUCCAAACCCUCACUGGAAUUCCAACCCGCCCGCCACGGCUUCCGAAAACAAUCCCUACCAGCCGCAGCCAAAUCUCAAUGGGAAUGGCACCGUAAUUCCAUAUCGUCCUGCUCCGAAUGCAUAUCCUGGAAAUCAGACUGCGCCCUCGUCCGACUCACAACAAAGGCAGUACCACCAGAGACUGAGUCGGUCACUGACUGUUGGGCGACAACAAGAGGGGCUACAUUUGUACAAUCAGCAGGGCACAGCGAUGAGCGACGUUCACCAUUAUGGUGCACCGCCGGCCUAUGGAGGGGACGCGUUGUCGAUCAAUAUCGAGCCUUCGACACCGGGCCAUCCAAAUAGCGUCGCAAGCAAUCCUAUUCCAGGGACAUUACAGCCCGGCUUGCAGAAUAGACCUUCAGCGCUCAAUAGCAGCAACACGGCCCCAGUACUCCCUACACUGCCUCAAAUCUCCACGCAAAUGCAGCAUUCGCCAAUGUCUGUUAGACCAAUGACCCUCAAUCACUCCCAUAGCUACUCGAGGUCGAGUCCAGGUGCGAUGGACCAACCAAGAUACAAACCCUUCUCGAACACUCCUGAGCAGUCAAAGUAUCCCUCCGCUCCGACGGGACAUAUUCCAAACACUCCUCAAGGGCCACCAUCCUAUUCUCCGCUCGGCCUGGCAGACAUCAGGCCUCGCUCCGAUACAAAUGCCACAGACAUACCCUUUAGCCCGGGGGUUGUGCAAGAAGAAGAUCGUCCGCAAUACCCUCAAAAUAGCAAUUACAAUGCUCCUUGGCCUAUAUACGCCGUAGACUGGUGCAAAUGGCCGCCGCGGUCGAAUAGUGCUUCGGCGGGAAAAAUUGCGAUUGGGAGCUACCUGGAAGAUAAUCACAAUUAUAUUCAAAUUCUAGACACGCAACGGACGCAGAUGGACCCAGACAACCCUCAUGGCGAACGAGGGCUGGAGUUUGUCAAAACUGCAGAGGCAACGCACGCCUAUCCGGUAACACGAAUACUUUGGGAACCACCCUCCUCGAACAAACAGACCACGGACCUCCUCGCAACGUCAGGCGACCACUUGAGGCUGUGGUCACUACCGAACGAUCAGCACGGAUAUCAGACCAACUCAAUAACGCUCUCAGCCAACGCGAAGUCCCCUCCACCACAGAAGCUAUCACCACUCGCUCUUCUGUCAAACUCGAAAUCUCCCGAACAUACCGCCCCUAUCACAUCGUUGGAUUGGAAUGUGGUGCAGCCGUCUCUGAUCAUCACUUCUUCAAUUGAUACGACAUGUACGAUAUGGGAUAUUCCGACGCUGACAGCCAAGACGCAGCUCAUCGCGCACGACAAGGAGGUCUAUGAUGUCCGCUUCUGCGCCAAUAGUGUUGACGUGUUUGUCUCGUGCGGCGCCGAUGGGAGUGUAAGAAUGUUCGACCUGAGAAGCCUUGAGCAUAGUACCAUCAUCUAUGAGCCGAGUGAGAAGCAGCAGGAGAAGAACGCACAACUCUCCGAUCCCCUCUCGGCAUCACCAACGCGGGGCUCAGGCACGCAGGCACUCCCAUUCCCGCCUCCGCUGCUACGGAUUGCUGCGUCACCGCACGAUGCUCAUCUCCUGGCGACUUUUUCGCAGGAUUCAAAUAUCAUCCGCGUGCUUGAUGUGCGGCAACCUGGACAAGCGCUUCUUGAACUCAAGGGGCACAGUGCGUCGGUGAACUGCGUGGACUGGAGCAGUUCUCAGCGCGGCGUGCUCGCCUCAGGGGCUGAUGAUUGUUGCGUGUUGCUGUGGGACCUUAUUGGUUCCACGGGCAAUGCGGCAGCAGGGAUGACACCUGGGGCUCCUGGAGGAGGUGGUAUGGCUCAGGAACGUGGACCUUCGGCGGUGUGGGAAUGUAGGUAUGAGGUGGGCAACUUGAGUUGGGCGCCAGGUAUGGGGACAUUGGGUGUCUGCGGCGGCAAGGGAUUUUGGGGUGUGCAGAUGUGAUUGGCACUGUGGGUUGGGAGUCUCGCAAAGUAAGACGACAACGAGCGUUGGGCAAAGACGAUCUUUUUGUGUCGACUAUCGAGUGGGGGCUUUUUUUUGGGGACCCAAGAGGACAGCAUUGACUCGACAUAGCGUGAAGGAGAUCGGACCUCUGAAAGGAUCAGUUGUGCAUAUACGGCGCAGAGAUGAAUACCAAGCAGACAUUUGUUUGUAGCUGGGGGAGAUGAGGGUCAGUGUCAAUGAGCAGUAGGGCUAGAUGGAAAACUCAUAGCGGUGGCGUUGAGCAUCUCGAACAUCAAUUGAAAGAUGACCUGUCAAGGAGCCUAGCCUUUCAUCGAG